UCUCCAGCCUCUCUGCUGUAAACACUUUAGUUUCAGAAGACAACAGGACGCACGCACUCGCACGUGCCUGAGGGCAAGUCUCGACUGCCCCAUCAUCAUCUUCAUACUAAUGCUUUAGGACGAUCUUAAGCGUGAAUUUCAACACAGUCCAAACUAUAGGAGUGAGUGAGCGAGUGGAGGAGGAGAGGAGAGCUGGAUUGGGGGGCGGUGUAGCUGAGAGGCCACAGAGGGGGGUUCCAGCAUUACUGAGAGGGCUGGACAAGUGAAAGAGCAGAAAAGAAGGAAGAAAAGAAGCAAGAGGGGGAGAGAGAGGGAGAGAUGGCGAGUGGAGAGAUCUCCACUCUUCCCUCGGCUCCGGCCGACAGCUUUCCCCCGGGCCACUUCAAAGAGCCCAAGCGCCUGUACUGCAAAAACGGAGGCUACUUCUUGCGCAUCAACCCGGACGGACGAGUGGACGGCAUCCGCGAGAAAAACGACCCCAACAUUCGGCUGCAGCUCCAGGCGACUGCAGUGGGAGAAGUCGUCAUUAAGGGUAUCUCGGCUAAUCGCUACCUUGCGAUGAGCUCUGAGGGGAGGCUAUUUGGAACGAGACGAGCAACCGAUGAAUGUUAUUUCUUCGAGCGCCUGGAGGCGAAUAACUACAACACGUACAGAUCACGGAAAUAUCCGAACUGGUAUGUUGCGCUAAAGAGGACGGGACAAUACAAGAGCGGAGCGAACACAGGACCCGGACAAAAAGCUAUCCUCUUCCUCCCGAUGUCAGCCAAGAGCUAAACUUCAUCUGUGUGAGUUUUUAUUUGUUUAUGUGAAAACAAAUGUCAGGCCAGAAUAUGGACAAUUAAUCUUUUUGGGACAUUAAUGAAGGUUUUUUUUUUAAGGAAAUGUUGGGCAAGAUUCAUACAAGAAACUGAAUUACUUACAAACAUGAAAUUAUCACAGUGCUUAACCUGCUUAUCACUAAUGAAUCAUUUUAGGCCAUUAAUACGUGAUUGCAACUUGUGAAUUUUUUUGAACUCAUCAUUUUGUCUGAGAUGUGAAUAGAAAUGUGGACAAACUAAAGAGGUUCCUUAAAACUGGUCAUUUUUUAACAUAAAAAUAUAGCCUUAGAUCUAACAGCAAUUAAAUAAAGUUUUUUUCUAAAGCAACUAACUAUGUAGAAAUUAACCACAGCUUCAUCUGUGUAAUUCUUCAUGACCAAUUUAAUUUACUAAUUAACCAAUUUAAUUUACUUUUUCUUUUGUAGAGUCCUAUUCAUUUUCUGAAAAUUGUUGUAAUUUAAAAUGCUUUUGUAAAAUUUUGUUAAUUUAAUCUAGAUUUAACCUAGAAAAAGGGAGAAAGUGCUGAACUUGAUUUUUUUCCAACUGAAAAUUAUAGCUAAUUUAUCAUUUUAGGCCAGUAAACACUACAAUAACAACAGGAUUAAGCCCCAGUGUGCUGAGUCUUGUACUUUAAUGGUUUGUAAUUUUGUAAAUUUAAAAUGCUUUUCAGAAAUGUAAUACUUUGUUCCUACCAAAAUUGUAAUUAUUUGACCUUAAGUUUCAUGUUAUAACGUCAACCCUAAAUCAUUAACUUAACCGAAAGUGUUUACAGAACAUUGAACAAAACAUUAUCACCCAGGCUGAUGUUUCACCAUCUGCAGCCAAUCAGUGUCACUAAAUGAGGCCAACAGGAAGUUCUCCAUCUGUAAGCUUGGCCUGGAGCUCUGUGAUCUCAUGUUUUUCUGCUCAACAAAACAGAAGCAUGAAUGAAAUCUACCAUACACCAUACGUUUCCAUCACAUCGAACAGCCAUUUUAACAGAUUUUCUACCAUGGAUGUUGCAUCUACUAGUGGGUAGGUAAAAGAAGUGUUUAGAUAUACCUUAAAAGUUAUGUUGAAACAAUUUUACUUUGUUCAACUAAGUUAUUUAAUAGUUAUUUAAUAUUUCAUACACAUUAACAUCAAACUUAAGUGACAAGCUUAAGUUAACAGACAAAAAUGGCCAUGUAGUAAAAUCUGUUUAACAUUAAUCUACAUCUAUUCCAUAACAAAACAAUCAAAUAAAAACACUGAAAAAAACUUGAAACAUUCACAAAUUUUUGAAACAAUUAUUUAAUUGGCAAAAGUGUUUUUUUUUUUAAUUUUGAAAGUUAUUUUCAUUUUUUAAAAGCCUCUUAAUGUUUAUGACUGCAGCUCCUGUACAUUUUUAAAGAAUGUCAUGACUAAAUAAUGUGAGUUUAAAAUAUGCUGCUUCUAUAUAUAUCUUCCUUUCUAGCUUUUAGUGUGUAUAGAUCAAAUUGUGCUGUAAAUGAGAUUUUAUGUGAGAAAAAAAAAACACUAAAUAUUGUCGAUGUAUGUAUGUAGUUAAACUCUAACACUAUGGCAAUAUAUUAACUUUCUUUGAUAUGACUGUAUAUACAAUAUUUACAUUAAAUACUGUAUUUAAGUCCAUAUAUUUCAGGCAAUCACUGACUUCCUGCUUAAAAGUGAAGAAUUUUAAAUUCAAUUUUUUUUCUAGAAUAUGACGAAAUCCAGUCAUUAUUAACAUCAAAGUUAUUAAUUAGGUUUUUUUUUAUUGGAAAAUAGUGGAAAAACAGAAUUUUAGAAAAGUCUUAAAAAAAACAAAACUUUGUACUGCAGUUAUAUCAACAUUUUAUAAAAUUUAACAAUUUAACAAUGUAACAAUGUAAUGUUUGCAACUGCAAAAUGCAUAGUGUAACGGAAUUUUUAAAACUAAAUUAGCCUUUGUGUAUUAUCGUAUUUAUUAGCUAGGUCACGACAGGGCCUGUUGUAAUAGGAAAAUAAUCAACACCACAUCAUGAGGUGUUUUUUCUUCUUACUGAUAUCACAGCAAAGUGCCAACAAUUACACUUUUUAACUUGUUAAAUAAUGACAUCAUACUUUUAUGUGUUUAUAGUUACAUUUAAUGUUGUCGAACACAGCAAAACAUAUAAGUUUACUUUAUUACAAAUUAUGUAGACUUUCCCAUGAUGGACAGCUUUACCUCCGACUAUUACAAAGUGCAGAUGCUUCCAUAAAGGUUAAAUAAAUGGUCUCCUCACCAUAUCAGCAAUUAUGCAAACACAUUUUUAAUUUGUUUAUUAUUAAAAAUGAUAUAUAUAUAUAUAUAUAUAUAUAUAUAUAUAUAUAUAUAUAUAUAUAUAUAUAUAUAUAUAUAUAAUGAUAUAUAAAUAAUUAUUUGAGGUAUAAGUCCCUUUGAAUUAGUUCUUGCUACAGAUACAAUAAUGUAUUAGAGCACAUUAAUGUAAAUUCACGUGAUUUGACGUACAGCUGGACAUACUGUCAGAGCUGCUGUUAUAGCAGUGAAAUCAACACCUUCUGACCAAUCAGAAUUGAACAUUUAAAAGCGCUGUUGUCUAAAUAUUUAAUUACUCUACCAAUUUGUUCAUUCAUACGUUUUCCCCGUUUUGGCCAUUACCGCCUAAAAGAAAAUGCACAUAUUGGAUAAAUAUAACAAAACAAAUGCUUGCUUGAGAGGGAAAAAGAGCAAAUAUUACUAAAAUGAGUUUAAUAUAAUGUAACUGUAAUAUGUGUUUGGUGUAUACUGUAUGUUAGGUAAGAGCUAUCUACAGCCAAAAAUAAUGCUCUUAGCUCAAAAAAACAAAAGAAAAGACAUCUAAUAUUAUUCAUCUUUUCAGUCACUGUGUUCUAAUGAAAUUCUAUUUGGUCCUUUUCCCAUCUUUUUGUUGAAAAACAUAAAUUUAUUGCUUUGAAUUGAUAUUUAAAUGUGAGAAAUGGCUAUUGAUUUUAUUCUUCUCGUAAACAAGGCCUCUAGGAAAACAGGCGUUGUAUUACAUCUUCAGCACACUGUGAGAUUUAUUUAUACCGCUCAGGAAGUUUCCUGUGAUAAAUCUGAUAGACUAAUCCGGUGUACACGGCAGGCAACUCCUCCAUGCUUAGAUCGAUGUUGUCGAAUCCGUUCUCUAGUCCGUACAGAAGCAGUUUGGCGAUGCGGCUCGUUAUGGGCGUAGCGUCACUAAUUUUGGUCAAUUCUGCCAAAUCCAUCCACUCGCAACGUAAACACUCGUGCUUGCAGAAGUUAAUCUCGUAGGUUACUGGGGCGAGACGGCAGAUCAGAUACAUAUCCGAAUUCCCAAACGCUCCGGGGUGGUGGUGCUGCUGACGGAUACUCAGGAGAGAUCGGAAUUCAGAUCGGAUGCCAGUUUCCUCAAAAACUUCGCGGACUGCAGUGUCGCCUAAUUUAGAAAAAAAAAAAAAAAAAAUAGAAUUAACAAGUAAUGAUUCACAAAGUUUUAUCAAGUCUGAACUUUGUGUGUUUUAUAUAUACAUAUAUAUAUAUAUAUAUGUAUAUAUAUAAUAUAUAAACCUAGGUGUUGACAAAUCAUUAGCAUAAUCAGAUUUUGUGUUCAGAAAAAGAAAUUUAUUUAACUCAUAGAAAGAAUUCAUAAACCUGUUCAUUUCCAUUUGUCUAAUUCACUUAACUAGCUAACUAGCUGGCUAACUAGCUGUCUAUACUUUAUUACAUGAUGUUAGCUAACGUUUUUUUUACUCAAUUAGGUUUCUGGGCAACUAAAACAUGGUACUAGGCAACACAUUGUAGAUUUCACUUGUCAGGACUAGUUAAUAAAUAAAGGAAAUGAGAAUUCAUUACUAUCUCUAUACACGUUCAUACUUCUUAAUAAAUACACCAUUUUGAGGUUCGAAACCACAUUGCCAUUUCUGUGAUAUAUUAAACCCAUUUUGUUGACAGCAUUAAAUAAUCCAAUCCAAGUCUACCAUUUCAUAUUAUUUUUAAAUAAGAUCUCAUAUUUCCUCCCAAAGUCAAAGUUCCAAAUGUGUAUUUAGCUGUAAGUUUAUACUCGAGAGGGAAGCAGGAAAUUGUUUAUCGUUGGCGUGUCGGAUAUUGUUUGUGUAAUUUUUUUUUUAAUGAGGUCAAAGCUACAUAAAAACUCUAAAUAUUUGGAUUUAAAUGAGGUUAUCUUAUCUGUGAGCUCCAAAACAAAUUAGAUGAAAUACUUUUAAACAAAUUUAAAUUUAAACAGGUUUAAAGAUUUUUAGUACAUAAAUACAUGAUUAUGAUUUAAUGUAAACUGUAAAUACAGACUUUUAGAUAGAUUUUUAAUGUUGGUUUAUAGGUUUGGGAACGCAAACAUGAAGAAAAAGAUUAAUAGCCAAUUUAAAUGAUAACUAGUGAAAAUCAAACAAUAUUUUGGUGAACGUUAUCAAUAUUUUAGAAUCUUUGUUGCGAUACUUACCAAUAUUUUCACUUGGAUUUGACAAUCCACCAGGAAACUUCCACAUAUUCUUAGCCUGAAAUAAGCAAUAUUGUGUUAGAAAAUGUUUUUAAAGGGUUUUUAUUACUAGCGUAGAUUUAUCCAUUUAUUUUAAAUGUCUUUAAUAUGUUUUAUGUGUUUUUUUAUUUGUAAACUUAGCAUAUGCAACUCAUUUAUUUCCAUGCAUUCAACAUAGAAAUAUUAACUUUAUAUUUUUGAGUUUAAAAACUUGUUCUACUGAUGUGUGUGUAUGUUUAUUUAGUCAUAUUUAACACCAAACAAAAAAAUGCUGCUAGUUAUAAACUGUAAUUUAGUUCUUACUUGAGUAGUCUUUUUCGUUGACAUUUUAAUGCUUUUUAUCUUUUUUUAAGUUAAAGCUAUGUAAAUUUGUACUUCCUUUCCUUGUAUGAUUCCUUGUAUGGUUCUUUGUUUUUUUUUCUCUUAUAUGAAACAAUAAAGAGUAUUUUUGUGGGGAAAUUCAAA